ACUAAAGUAUCAUAUGAAUGGCCCAUGUCAUAAAACUCUUAUGUGUUGAUAUAGGCAGCCAUCUUGGUGUUCUAUUAAAUUUAGUGGUACAGUAUCUAUCCUAUACUGCGCUGACAGGAGUGUCUAAAUGGGUUCUUACAGUGGGCUCCGCAGGUAACUUCAUGCAUCUGGUGACCAGUGGAGGGCAGCACCACCUCAUCAGCCAGCCAGCCCAGGUAGCAGUGUUCAGUUCAGCCAACAUCCAUGCCUCUCCCGCACCCUCGGAAAUCCAGCUGCCUCUCAACGCUUCUCAAGUGCCCUCCUCCGUGGUGACCAGCUCUGGGAUCGUGAAGAUCGUGGUACGCCAGUCAAGUAAGGAAGGAGGAGGUGUACCCACCCUGGCAGUGCCCCCUUCUCCACGCGUAGCCCCCCAGGCAUCACCCUCCAUACACCACCAUGCCAAUACCAACAUUGCUCUGAGAUCCCCCCUUGCACAUUGCCACCCCGGACCCGCCACAGCUCAAUACACCCUGGCCCCCCCUAGAACCCCUACGUCGGUCACAAUUAGAACCUCUACCCCAGCCCCUCCUCGUAUCCCUGCCCCUCCUCGAAUCCCUAUCCCAGCCCCUCCUCGAAUCCCUAUCCCAGCCCCUCCUCGAACCCCUACUCCUGCCCCCUUCAGAACCCUACCCCAGCCCCUCCUCGAACCCCUACUCCUGCCCCCUUCAGAACCCUACCCCAGCCCCCAGUCAGCCUGAGCCCCCUUGCCCAGUGCUGAAAGUAGUAAAGGGGCCAGCAGAAACCAGCACAGAACAGAAAGCUCGUCUGAAUUCUUUGUCAACACGUGAGGAGAGCAGCGACACUAAAUCAGCCGUUCCUAAAUCAGGGUCCCAUGUUGGUGGAUUUGUCCCCCCUCGACCUCGGGCACAACCUCGCCCACAUCCUCGCUCCCCCUUCUA